AUGGAGCCUAUCAUCAUUUAUCGUGAAGACUGGUACACCGAUCCCAGUAAUAUCGACGAAAAUGACAUACACAGAAUAAUGCUCAGUCUGAAUUUCGACAAUGACAACAAUCUCAAGGACUUGUGCGAGUUUAUGGGCCUCAAGAUCUCGGAUUCAUCAGCCCGUCUGUCUACUUCUUAUGGAAACAUCUUCGACGUGCCAGAAGGAAGGGUCAUCUUACCAUUAAAAGCAUCUGGAAACCAGCUCGGCAUGGGUCUAGAAGUCAGCAUGCGUUGGAAUCCGCUCAAACGAGACUCUGUCUUGAUAAGCCACAAUCGGCAUCUUCGAAAUACGAUAGAAUCUACCAGUCCAUAUCCGACGCCACCUCUCGAUCAGGAACCCCGGUGUAGGCUCACUUUUGUCUAUGGCAACGGCACUCUUGAACGGUCUGAACUCAUGUGCCCGCAUUGCUCGAGAAAGAAGAUAGCAGAUAUCGAAGACCUCAAAAUGCACCUCAUAAGCUGGCACGAGUACUUUGACUACCAUGUCACCCUGGAACAAGUCGACGAACAUGGGAUUGAGCACUGGCGCUUCGAUAGCGAAGUAGCCAACUAUAGAGCGGGUCAACGUGCAAGUGAUACUGCCGAUGAGCCUGCCGACGUGCGUGUACUCGCACCAGCUCAGCCCUUCAACAGACGAAAAUUCUUAGCAGGCGACGACGAGUUCGAAAGAACUGCCAGGAUAGAAAAGCCCACCAAACACGCGAAAACGAAGCCAGCAACGAAUGGCUUGAAAGUUGCGCCAGGACCGAGACCACGAAAGCCUCCAGAUCAAGUGCAAUCCAGACCGCAAAGGGACAAGAAGAGAUUCGUCGUGCCAAAGGCGCCGGAUGGUAUCACCUUCUUCCGGUCGGUCAGCAAGAGGCCUCUACAACCCGGCGAGGUCAUCAGUGAAAGCGACGAUGAACUGGACGAAGGGUGGAUGUACUUCCGGAAACACGUGGAGAUCGACAAAACAAGAUUAUCAGAGGCUUCUAAGCGUUUCUUGAAGAUCUAUGAUGACUUCAUGCACGAAGAGAAUCUGCAAUCAGAGAUGCACGUGGAAGAAUCCAUUGUCCGAUUUGCGCGACAGUGCGACCCGCAAUUGCUGCACGACAACGAUGUCUAUUGCGAGUUCAAGAAGAAGAUGGACGAGCUGUUAGAGGAGGACAUUAUAUCGAAAGAGGUGCACGAAGCAUUGGCGAACAAAGAAGCCAACAAGCUUUCUCAGCGUCUAGCAUUUCUCAAUCUCCAAUAUCAAAAGACCCCUCUUGCCCCUACUGACAAUAGGGCGGAUCAGGGUCUUGUGCCGACGCAGGAUCAGAAUAUCGAAGGCAAUGCUAUGGUCUCGAAUUCUGCCUCCGAUCCAGACCACGAAAACGAGCCAAUCUUUGAUUGGGUCGCCUCUUGUGUUGACGCGACCUCUAAAGGGAACAAGAGUCAUCAACCUAGGAAAGACAAGGGCAAAGGUAAAGCCGUAACGACUGAAGCUGGCUACCUUACUCCUGCUAAUGGAGAUCAUGAUGGAGAUGUCGACAUGAGCGAUGGAACAUCACCAAAUAUACCAUUGGAGCCAGCAAAAACACCUCAGGACGAGGACGCUGACCCGCCGUACGAUCUGUGUUAUUGCGACGAAGAUGCAUCGGCAAAACCAGGCAAAACUGGCCUGGUUGCAUGUAACAACAUCGUAAGCUCAGCAAACCUACAAUACAUGUGA